UUGGUUGGAUUGGUAAAAGCUAUAAUUUAGUUCGUGUCAAUGGCGCCACAAAUUCUCAUGUAGAACGAGGUAAAUCAGAGAUUAUUCAGUUGAUGACUUUGAUGGAAGAACGUGGCAUUCGUGCCAACUAUCAGACCUAUCUUUGGCUAUUAGAAGGGUGCUUGACUUCUGGGUCUUUACUUGAAACUAAGAGGCUCCACUCUAAGAUUUUGAAAUCAGGUUUUGACGGGGAGCCUUUACUAAUCGAUAGUCUUCUUGAUAAUUAUCUUCAACAUGGGGAUCUAAAUGGGGCAGUUAAAGUGUUUGAUGAUAAUCCUAACAGAAAUGUACUUUUUUGGAAUAAGAUGAUUCACGGCCUCGUUGCGCGGAAGUUGCAUUCCCAGGUGUUUGGUCUCUUCCGACGAAUGAUAGCUGAAAAAAUUGCUCCCAAUGAAUAUACUUUCGCUGGGAUUUUAAAGGCUUGUGGUGGUUGCAACAUUGAGUUCAACCAUGUAGAACAGGUACAUUCUAGGAUAAUCUAUUAUGGUUUUGAUAGUAGUCCACUUGUUGCUAAUCUAUUGAUUGAUUUGUAUUCAAAGAAUGGGUACAUAGGGUCAGCUAAAAAAGUUUUCAAUUACAUAUAUAUGAAGGAUAUUGUUACUUGGGUAGCUAUGAUCUCAGGUUUAUCUCAAAAUGGACUUGAAGAAGAGGCCAUUCUCCUUUUCUGUGAUAUGCAUGCAUCAGAAAUCUUUCCUACUCCUUAUGUACUGUCUAGUGUGUUAAGUGCUUCUACCAAGACUCAAUUAUUUGGUUUGGGAGAGCAGCUUCACUGUCUAAUUAUUAAGUGGGGAUUUCAUUCUGAAACGUAUGUCUGCAAUGCUCUUGUGGCGUUGUAUACCCGGUCUGGGAAAUUGAUAUCUGCUGAGCAGAUAUUCAGCAAAAUGCAAUUUAGGGAUGGUGUUUCGUAUAACUCACUAAUAUCUGGCCUAGUUCAGCAAGGAUUUAGUGACAGAGCCCUGGAGUUGUUUAAUAAAAUGCAACGAGAUUGCUUGAAACCCGACUGUAUUACAGUUGCUAGUCUGUUGAGUGCUUGCGCAUCAGUUGGGGCUCUUCAUAAGGGAAUGCAACUCCACUCAUUUGCAAUAAAAGCUGGAAUGUCUGCAGAUAUUAUUCUUGAAGGUUCUCUUCUUGAUCUUUAUUCAAAGUGUGCUGAUGUAGAGACUGCACAUAAAUUUUUCCUUACAACAGAGACAGAAAAUAUAGUGUUGUGGAAUGUGAUGCUAGUUGCUUAUGGGCAAUUGAAUAAUCUCCGUGAUUCAUUUGAAAUAUUUAGACAAAUGCAGAUUGAGGGCAUGAUACCCAAUCAGUUCACCUACCCAAGUAUUUUGAGAACUUGUACUUCUUUAGGAGCCUUGUAUUUAGGAGAGCAAAUUCAUACCCAUGUAAUAAAGACUGGGUUUCAGUUGAAUGUCUAUGUUUGUAGUGUGCUUAUAGACAUGUAUGCUAAACAUGGACAAUUAGACAUUGCCCUUGGGAUCCUUAGACGGCUGCCAGAGAACGAUGUUGUCUCCUGGACUGCAAUGAUUGCUGGUUAUGUACAACAUGAUAUGUUUUCAGAAGCACUUAAACUUUUUGAAGAAAUGGAGUACCGAGGAAUUCGAUCCGAUAAUAUUGGAUUUUCCAGUGCUAUUAGUGCAUGUGCAGGUCUCCGGGCCCUCCAUCAAGGACAACAAAUUCAUGCUCAGUCACAUGUGUCUGGUUUCGGAGAUGAUAUUUCAAUCAACAAUGCUCUAAUUAGUCUAUAUGCCAGAUGCGGUAGAAUUCAAGAGGCAUACUUAGCAUUUGAGAAAAUUGAUGGUAAAAAUAAUAUCUCCUGGAAUUCAUUGGUUUCAGGAUAUGCACAGAGUGGGUAUUUUGAAGAAGCAUUGCAGGUAUUUGUACGAAUGCUACGGACUGAAGCAGAGGUUAAUAUGUUCACAUAUGGAUCUGCCAUCAGUGCUGCAGCCAGUCUUGCGAACAUAAAGCAGGGGCAACAACUCCAUGCCAUGAUUUUGAAAACGGGAUAUGAUUCCGAAAUGGAAGCUUCUAAUUCUUUAAUUACAUUGUAUGCAAAAUGUGGUAGCAUAAGUGAUGCCUGGAGAGAAUUUAAUGACAUGUCAGAAAAAAAUGUGAUUUCUUGGAAUGCCAUGAUCACUGGCUAUUCCCAGCAUGGUUGUGGUAUGGAAGCACUUCACCUUUUUGAAGAGAUGAAGAAGUGUGGGAUCAUGCCAAACCACGUUACUUUUGUGGGAGUUUUGUCAGCAUGUAGCCAUGUUGGACUUGUGAAAGAAGGUCUCGGUUACUUCGAAUCCAUGUCUAAAGUGCACGGUUUAGUUCCCAAGUCCGAACACUAUGUGAAUGUGGUGGAUCUCCUUGGUCGGACUGGUCUUUUGAACCAAGCAAUGGAAUUUAUAGAAGAGAUGCCUAUCUCUGCAGAUGCAAUGAUCUGGAGAACACUUUUAAGUUCUUGUGUUAUCCACAAAAAUAUGGAAAUAGGAGAGCGUGCUGCUCAACAUCUCCUAGAAUUGGAACCUGAAGACUCAGCCACCUAUGUGCUACUGUCAAAUAUAUAUGCAGUGUCUAGAAAAUGGGUUCAUAGGGAUUGGUCAAGGAAAUUGAUGAAAGACAGGGGGGUAAAGAAAGAGCCGGGUCGUAGUUGGAUUGAAGUUAAAAAUACAGUUCAUGCAUUCUAUGCUGGAGAUAAGCUCCAUCCAUUUACGAAUCAGAUAUACGAGUAUAUAGGAGAUUUAAAUAGACGAACAUCUGAAAUUGGAUAUGUGCAAGAUAGCUUUAACCUUUUGAAUGAGUCAGAGCAAGGCCAGAAGGAUCCAACAAUGUGUGUUCAUAGUGAGAAAUUAGCAAUUGCUUUUGGACUACUUAGCUUGUGUAAUAAUAUUCCCAUACGAGUAAUGAAGAAUCUUCGUGUCUGUAAUGAUUGCCAUAGUUGGAUUAAGUACGUAUCAAAGAUUUCACACCGGUCGAUUAUAGUUAGAGAUGCACAUCGCUUUCAUCAUUUUGAUGACGGUGUCUGCUCAUGUAGAGAUUUUUGGUAACUGCCAGUAAAAACACUCACCUUUUUGAUUCUCGACUUCCAUGCUUCUGAGGUUCUCAGGCUUCUUGACGUCAACAAAUAGCACGUAUAAGGGUAUAGCCAUGGGCGUACAUUUGAAGAAUCCUAUCUACCCUUCCAAGAAGCGUGUUUGUGCCCCAUUUUUAAAAACAGAUUUGAUGUGUUUCAGCCUUUUAAGAAAUGGAUUGGAAAAGGCUGAGGAGGGGAUUUAAUAAACGAAAAAAUUGGAUCCUACCAAACAAGUUUGGACAGGAAAAUCUUAUGGCAGAAGAUGAUAAUUUGCCUCGAGACUACCGUAGGGGGGUAAUUAAGUAUAGCUCAGUGGACGGGUCACUUCCUCCUUCCUCCUCGAAGGUUGAUAGUUCAAUUCUCCAUCCUCCAUCCCACAUUUGAAUUAAAAAGAAAAAAAAAAAGAGCUACCAUAGGAGGAGGACCAAGUUCUUCAAUAUUCUUUUGAACCUUGAUUUCAGAUUUUGGAUUGCCCAAAUGGCUCCCAAAUCAAUGGUCUCAGCACUCAAUUGCUUCCACUCGCAAAAUCUACCGAAACAAGCUGAUCAAAUAUCUUCAUUGAGGUAAAUAUAGCUUCAAACUAAUGGUUAGUUUAAUUAAAUCAUUCACCAUAGCAAAUUUUCUGUAUAGCAAAAAACAAUAAAAGAAGUGAAUGUGAGGCUUUGGCUAAGUUUCAAUUAGAGCAAUCAAUGGGUACUUUCUAUUUAGUUUUUGUAUCGAACCAGUUGAAUCGAUUAGUUCGGUCCAAUGUUUUUAGACCGAACCGACUUGAGAUAGGCUUGUUCGGUUCCAAGGUCCUGAGAUGUAACUAUUUUUUUUUUUUCCUUGGGGAGUUAGAACCAAAUCAAUCCCAUUUAAUAUAGGUUAUUUCGGUUUGAUUCGAUUCGGUUCAA